GUUCUUUUUUUUUUUCAUGGAAAGAAACUCCAAAUCUCUCAAAUUUCUCUCUUUGCGAAACUGUUUUAAUGCCUUUAGAUGACUGUAAUUCCUUGCUCUCUGGCAUCAGCAAGAAAACCAUCUCCUGCUCAUCCAAAAUUCUGCUGCCAGGAUUUUGAGUCGAUCUAAGAAACAUGAUAACACAACACUGAUCCUAGCUUCCUUACAAUGGCUAUCUGUUGCUCUUAGAAUAGAUUUUUGAAUACUUACAAAGUUCUGAGAGGCCAUAGCCCCAAGUUAUUUUUCAGAUCUUUAAGUGCCCUAUAGCCAUGUUUCCCUUCCUGCUCCCUGACCUCCUCGGAUAAAUUGUAUUUGGUUAUUACAAGGUUCAUAAUAAUAAUACAUUUUAUUUAUUAUUUUCAGGACACUCAAAGACUUUGCAAUAAAACCAGUAGUUAUGUGCAUUUAAAAAUAGAUAAAAUACAUAAAUAGAAAAUACAUGAACAUUAGGUAAGAAACAUAAAAUACAAAAAACAUACAAGUAUAGGGGAGACCAUAUAAAUAUAAAAAAAACACUUAGCAGCAGGUGAAGUGUAACAUUAUUUGAGGUUAAAAGCUAGUCUAAAGAGGGGGGUCCAGGUCACUACAUUCUCGGAUUUGAUUGGGUAAGGAGUUCCGGAGUGAGGGGGCUGCAAUGGUGAAUGCUCUGUCACCCCAGGUACAGUCAGAGAUAAUUUAGAGUGGUGGGGAGAGGAGCUUAGUGUCGGAGAAGCGGAGGUCACGGGGGGAUUGUGGUGGUGGAGCAGGUCUGUGAGGUAGGAAGGGGCCUGGUUAUAGAGGGCACCAUAGAGGAUGCUAUUGCAGUAGUCAAUUCUGGAUGUAAUGAAGGUGUGGAUCAUAGUUUCGGCAGCUGAGAAGGUGCGUGAUGGGUGGAGACGGGCAAUGUUUUUGAGGUGGAAGAAGGUGUGGUGUUCAAAAGUGAGGUUGCUGUCAAAGAUGACACCAAAGUUGCGGAUGUGUGGGGAUGGAGACAAGGUGGAGUUGUUGAUGGAGAGGCUGAAGUUGUUGGUGGUUUGGGGCUGAUGAUGAUCACGUCAGAUUUAUUGUAAUUGAGGUGUAGGAGGUUGGUUUGCAUUCAGGUUUGUAUGUCGGUGAGGCAGUUGGUCAGGGUUGCAGAGGUAACUGUCGUGAUGGAUUUGCUGGAAAUGUAGAUCUGGAUGUUGUCGGGCGUAGCAGUGGAAGUGGAGACCAUAUCUACGUAUGAUAUUUCUGAGUGGUAGGAUGUAGAUGAUGAACAGGAGAUGACAAAGCAUCCAACCUUGGGGGAUGCCUUCUGACAAAGGAGCGGUGGAGGAGGAGCACUUAUUAAUGUUGAUGAACUGUUGUUUGUUAGUGAGGUAAGAUCGGAGCCAGGAGAGUCUGGUGCCAGUGGUGUUGGCGUUUUGAAGUGGUUGUUAGAGGUGAGGUGGGUUUGAAUUUGAUCAGCGACAACAUGUGCUGGAUUUUUUGAUAGGAAGGGGAGAUUGGUGAUGGGUCGGAAGUAGGACAUGAUGUCGGGGUUGAGAGCAGGUUUCUUGUGGAGAAUGAUGAAGUUGACUGAGCCUUUGCAGUCAGGGCUCCUAGAUUUUGGAAUGACCUCUCUGAGGGGAUCAGGGCUGCACGUUUUGUCUUGCUUUUGAAGUCACAUCAAAAACCCCACUUAAACAAACAUUGAUAUUCUGCUCCUGCUCUACAUCUAAGCCACAGCCACUCUGAUAAUUACUAUGCUCACUGCCCACCAACUGGACCUACUACAGGUUUACAUUUUACAAUGAGUCAGCCUCAGGAAGAAGAUGAAGGAGUUCCGCCCUCCAACACCACUUUGUCUGAGGAACAUGAGAGCCAGACCAAACGACAGAGGGCUGAGCAGGAAAGAGCAGAUUCUCCUUUACCAAGCUGUGUGUCCAUGAAGAGUGACAAAUCCAUGGAUUUCCCUAUGGCUUUUAAACAGCAAGAUUCAUUUUCUAAGGCUGAGCAGGAAAGAGCAGAUUCUCCUUUACCAAGCUGUGUGUCCAUGAAGAGUGACAAAUCCAUGGAUUUCCCCAUGGCUUUUAAACAGCAAGAUUCAUUUUCUAAAGUUCCCCAGGAGAUAUCAGAAGUUUCCACUAGCAGUCAAACAAACGUGGACUCCAUAUUUAUGGGUCUUGAGGAGAGCAUUGUUAAUUAUGUGAAAAACGAGCUUAAGAAGUUCCAGAAGGUUCUGAGUCGAGAUUGCUCAGGAUGCUCAGAGAGCCAAGGUGAGGACGAGGAGGUGGUUGAUGGUGAAGAGGAAGAGCAGAGGAGUAGCAGCAGCAGAGAGGCAUUUCUGAAGAUCACACUGCAGUUCAUGAGGAGAAUGAAGCAGGAGGAGCUGGCUGACUCUCUGCAGAACAGAAUUCUUGCUCCAGUGUGCUGCUGCAAACUCAAAUCAAACCUGAAGAAGAAGUUUCAGUGUGUGUUUGAGGGGACUGCUAAAACAGGAAAACCAACCCUUCUGAAUCAGAUCUACACAGAGCUCUACAUCACAGAGGGAGAGACUGCAGAGGUCAAUGAAGAACAUGAGGUCAGACAGAUUGAAACAGCAUCCAGGAAACCAGACAGACCAGAAACAGCAAUCACAUGUGAAGACAUCUUUAAGGCCUCACCUGGAGAUAAACCACUCAGAACAGUGAUGACAAAGGGAGUGGCUGGCAUCGGUAAAACAGUCUUAACACAGAAGUUCACUCUGGACUGGGCUGAAGACAAAGCCCACCAGGACAUACAGUUCACAUUCCCAUUCACUUUCAGAGAGCUCAAUGUGCUGAAAGAGAAGAAGUUCAGUUUGGUGGAACUUGUUCAACACUUUUUUGCUGACACCAAAGAAUCAGGAAUCUGCAGGUUUGAAGAGUUUCGGGUUUUAUUCAUCUUUGACGGUCUGGAUGAGUGUCGACUUCCUCUGGACUUCCACAACAACGGCAUCCUGACUGAUGUUAAAGAGUCCACCUCAGUGGAUGUGCUGCUGACAAACCUCAUCAGGGGGAACCUGCUUCCCUCUGCUCGCAUCUGGAUAACCACACGACCUGCAGCAGCCAAUCAGAUCCCUCUUGAGUGUGUUGACAUGGUGACAGAGGUCAGAGGGUUCACUGACCCACAGAAGGAGGAGUACUUCAGGAAGAGAUACAUGGAUGAGGAGCAGGCCGGCAGAAUCAUCUCCCACAUCAAGACAUCACGAAGCCUCCACAUCAUGUGCCACAUCCCAGUCUUCUGCUGGAUCACUGCUACAGUUCUGGAGGACGUGUUGAAGACCAGAGACGGAGGAGAUCUGCCCAAGACCCUGACUGAGAUGUACAUCCACUUCCUGGUGGUUCAGUCCAAAGUGAAGAACAUCAAGUACGAUGGAGGAGCUGAGACAGAUCCACACUGGACUCCAGAGGGCAGGAAAAUGAUUGAGUCUCUGGGAAAACUGGCCUUUGAGCAGCUGCAGAAAGGCAACCUGAUCUUCUAUGAAUCAGACCUGACAGAGUGUGGCAUCGAUAUCAGAGCAGCCUCAGUGUACUCAGGAGUGUUCACACAGAUCUUUAAAGAAGAGAGUGGACUGUACCAGGACAGGGUGUUCUGCUUCGUCCAUCUGAGCGUUCAGGAGUUUCUGGCUGCUCUUCAUGUACAUCUGACCUUCAGCAACUCUGGAGUCAAUCUGCUGUCAGAAGAACAAUCAGCUUCCUUUUGGUCUAAAUUGUUCAGAAACAAAUCUGAAUUCUUCUACCAGAGCGCAGUAGACAAGACCUUACAGAGUCCAAAUGGACACCUGGACCUGUUCCUCCGCUUCCUCGUGGGUCUUUCACUGCAGGCCAAUCAGACUCUCUUACAAGGACUGGUCACACAGACAGGAAGCAGCUCACAGACCGACCAGGGAACAGUCCAGUAUAUCAAGAAGAAGAUCAGUGAGAAUCUGUCUUCAGAGAAAAGCAUCAAUCUGUUCCACUGCCUGAAUGAACUGAAUGAUCGUUCUCUAGUGGAGCAGAUCCAACAACAACUAAAUUCAGGAAGUCUGUCCACAGAUAAACUUUCUCCUGCUCAGUGGUCAGCUCUGGUCUUCAUCUUAUUGUCAUCUGGAAACAAUCUGGACGUGUUUGACCUGAGGAAAUACCCUGCUUCAGAGGAGGUUCUUCUGAGGCUGCUGCCAGUGGUCAAAGUCUCCACUAAAGCCCUGCUGUGUUGCUGUAAUCUAUCAGAGAGAAGCUGUGAAGUUCUGUCCUCAGUUCUCAGCUCCCCGUCCUCCAGUCUGAGAGAGCUGGACCUGAGUGACAACGACCUGCAGGAUUCAGGAGUGAAGCUGCUCUGCACUGGACUGGAGAGUCCACACUGUAGACUAAAGACUCUCAGGCUGUCUGGCUGUCUGAUCUCAAAGAAAGGCUGUGCUUCUCUGGCCUCUGCUCUGAAAUCCAACCCCUCCCAUCUGAGAGAGCUGGACCUGAGCUACAAUCACCCAGGAGACUCUGGAGUGAGGCUGCUUUCUGCAGGACUGGAGGAUCCAAGCUGGAAAUUGGAAACUCUCAAGGUGGACCAUGGUGGAUCAAAGUCAAUGAAGCCUGGUCUGAAGAAAUAUGCCUGUGAACUCACACUGGACCCAAACACAGCAAACAGGAAGCUCAUAGUGUCGGACCACAACACAAAGGUGACAGUGGGGAAAGAGACGCAGCCCUACCCUGAUGAUGCAGAGAGAUUUGACUACUGGAAGCAGCUGCUGUGUACUGAUGGUUUGACUGGUCGCUGUUACUGGGAGGUUGAGUAUACAGGGCAGGUUUAUGUAGCAGUGACUUACAGAGGAAUCAGAAGGAAAGGAGACGGUGACGACUGCUGUCUUGGCAGGAAUGAUCAGUCCUGGAGUCUGAGUUGCUCUGAUGGUGGUUACUCUGGCCUGCACAGUAACAAAAGUGCAUCCGUCCAUGUCCCCGCUGCAAACAGAGUGGGAGUGUACCUGGACUACCCUGCUGGCACUCUGUCUUUCUACAGAAUCUCCUGUAAUAAACUGACCCACCUCCAUACCUUCUGCACCACAUUCAGUGAGCCGGUCUACCCUGCCUUCAGGCUUAAGACUGGCCCGAUUAAUUCUUCUGUGUCUUUGUGUUGGAAACAGUAAAAUACAGUCUCAUUAACCUUUUCUGACAGAUUUUUGGUGAUGAUGACAUUAUAUAUUCCCUCCAAAGCCUCUUUACUCUUUGUAAAACACUGGAGUCUUACCCUGCUUGCCCCAUUCUGGAUUAUUCUAUCCUGUUUUAGAUUUAUGUUUAGUUUUGUGUUCCUUGUCUUUCUAUGGACUACUGCUUCACUCUAUGUAAGCUUGAGUAUUCCUGUUUGAAUUUGGAUAAACACAAACAAUAAACAUCAGAAACUGCACCAGUG